GAAGAUGUCUUCUGUACACUAGCGAACUCGUAUGGUUAUGUCUGCGAAUAUGACGCGGUUGCUGGAGUUUCCAUGGAACACACCACUCUGACCCCAACGGCCGCUUUCAUGUCGGAUGGGGAUAAAAGCCUGUGCCCACCUCGUCUCGUAACAAGCACUCGCCACAUCUUGGCCGUGUACGAACAGAGCUGCUACGAAGUCAUAAAUUCACCCACCACAUGGGCCCAUUCGAUCAACAAUUGUGAACGAGUUGGUGGACAUUUGAUUCGUAUUGACAACGCCAAUAAGCAGACCUACAUUGAUAACUUUUGGAAGAGACAUCACCCAACGGGGGCUGUUUGGCUGGAUCUAAAUGAUAAACACGUCAAGGCACAUUCAUUACCUCUGACGGCAACCAGCCUACGUACACCAACUGGAAGCAAGGCUUCUCUGUGACCAGCCAGGCAGAUUGUGCAGCCCUCUACCCCAGCC